AUGUCGAAGGUAUCGCCGUGGAAGGGAAUAAUACGGUUUAGAAAAAGAGGAAAGUUGAGCCCAAGAUUUAUUGGACCAUUCGAAAUCGUUGAACGAAUUGGUAAGGUAUCACACCGUCUCGAGCUGCCUGAGGAGUUGAAUGAAAUACAUAGCACAUUCCACGUGUCGCAUCUCCAAAAAUGUUUAGCAGACGAAACUACUCGUGUCCACUAUGAUGAUAUCGAGGUGGAUAACAGCCUCAACUAUGCAGUAAGGCCAGUUGCGAUUUUAGACCGUAAGGUGAAAAGUUUGAGAAACAAAAAGAUUAACCAAGUGAAGGUCAAAUGGGAACAUAGGAAGGGUUCGGAUACCACCUGGGAGUCCGAGGAGGAGAUGCAACGGCUCUACCCUACACUAUUUGGUAAGGAAUCCGGGACGUCAAGCGGACACGCCGGAGGGGAUACUCGUGGAAAAGGUGUGCUUUAA